CCCCACCUCCUCCCUGUUGGGUUCUAACUCUGACUGGGCAGGACUCUGAUCCCAGGCUUCCUGUGGGUGAAAGGGAGUACAGCUCCAGCAGCACCAAAAUACAGCCAAACUGACCAUGGGACUGGACCAGCUUCUCACCUUGCUGAGGGCUGUGACCUGUGGGCUCUUAAUUCUACAUCCAGGCCAAGCCCUGGACUCUGCCAGCCCCAUCCGGAGCACAAACACUGGGCAGGUGCGGGGCAGCCUCGUCCACGUGAAGGGCACUGAUGUGGGAGUCCACACCUUCCUGGGAAUUCCAUUUGCCAAGCCACCUGUAGGAUCACUGCGGUUUGCAGCCCCUGAGGCCCCUGAGCCCUGGAGUGGUGUGAGGGAUGGAACCUCCUACCCUGCUAUGUGUCUGCAAGAUGUGGACAUAAUGAAGAUGUUUAAUAUGACCACUCCUUCAGUCCCUGUAGCUGAGGACUGCCUGUACCUCAACAUCUAUACACCUGCCCAUGUGCAUGAUGAAUCUCGCCUGCCUGUCAUGGUAUGGAUCCAUGGUGGUGGACUGGUUGUAGGCAUGGCUUCCUUAUAUGAUGGAUCCAAACUGGCAGCUUCUGAGAAUGUGGUGGUGGUCACUAUCCAGUACCGCCUGGGUGUCCUGGGGUUCUUCAGCACUGAAGACCAGCAUGCCGCUGGUAACUGGGGCUUCCUGGACCAAGUGGCUGCCCUACGCUGGGUGCAACAGAAUAUAGUUCACUUUGGAGGCAACCCUGAUGGGGUCACCAUAUUUGGGGAGUCUGCAGGUGGUGUAAGCGUGUCGUCACUUGUCUUGUCCCCCAUGUCUCAAGGACUCUUCCAUGGUGCCAUCAUGGAGAGUGGGGUGGCCCUGCUGCCUGGUAUCAUCUCUAGCUCAUCUGAGAACAUCUACACAACGGUGGCCAACGUGUCUGGCUGUGGGCAGAUUGACUCAGAAGCCAUGGUGAGAUGCUUACGUGGCAAGAGUGAAGAGGAGAUUUUGGCUAUUACAAAGCCCUUCAAGAUCAUCCCUGCUGUAGUGGAUGGGGCCUUCCUGCCCAGGCACCCCCAGGAGCUGCUGGCCUCUGCUGAUUUUCAACCCGUCCCUAGCAUCAUUGGAGUCAACAGUGAUGAGUAUGGCUUGGUUAUUCCUAUGUUUUUCGGCUCUACUGACACCCAGAAGGAAAUGAACAGAGAGACUCUGCGGACUGUUCUGCAGAGCAUGUCAGCACAGAUGAUGUUGCCUGCUGAGUUUGGUGACCUGUUCAUGGAAGAGUACAUUGGGGAUAUUAAGGACCCCCAGGCCCUCAAAAUCCAGUUCCAUGAGAUGAUGGGGGAUUUUAUGUUCAUGAUUCCUGCACUCCAAGUAGCACAUUUUCACUGUUCCCAUGGCACUGUCUACUUCUAUGAAUUCCAGCAUCCUCCCGACUUCCUCAAAAACAUCAGGCCACCCUACAUGAAGGCAGACCAUGGCGAUGAGAUUCCCUUUGUCUUUGGACAUUUCUUGUGGGACAACCAAGUGCACUUCACUGAGGAGGAGGAGCUACUAAACAGAAGGAUGAUGAAAUAUUGGGCCAAUUUUGCACGAAAUGGGAACCCCAAUGGCCAGGGUCUGCCUCACUGGCCUGCACUGGAUCAUGAGGAGCUGUACCUGCAGCUCGACAUCAAUCCUACUGUGGGCCGUGCCCUGAAGGCCCCCAGGCUAAAGUUCUGGACGGAGACACUGCCUCAGAAGAUCCAGGAGCUAAGGAGGGCAGAGGAGAAGCAUGCAGAGCUGUAGUACUCUGUGUGGAGGAGGGAGGUGGGUGUGAGUGCAGGUGGGGUCUGCCUGUGGUGAUCCACACCUACAGAGCUAUUUGUCCACUCUUCAUGUAUUCAUUCAGUCCUCACUAAUGAAGAAUCCUUUGCGUAAUGUUCAUUGCCAA